CUGAGAUUGACACGCAACCAAUUAGAUACCUCCACGUAAUUACUUUCUCAAAGUGGAUAAGAACCAUUCUUUUCCAUCAUCAACCGCUCUAAUUUGUUGCGAUCCUUUUCCAAUAUUUGGGGUUUUAUCCAUUAGGGUUUCUGAUUAUUGCAAUCCCAAUCUGAAAUCUUCGAAUUCGAUCAUCAUGGAUGAUUGGGAGCUUCUUCAUCAUGGCUCUGAUACAGAAUCAACUGAUUCAAUCACAUCGGAGACGAAAUUAGAGAGUUCAAGCGUAAUCGAUGACGGUAUGAUUCUUUCUGAUCAUUUCUCUGCUACUGAUCGGGUGAUUGAAUCGGGUUAUUUUGAUUCUUUUCGGGUUGAUUACGGGUCGGAGUGUCUGAAUCCGGGUGAGGUUAGUGUUGAUUCUGGUUUGGAUCAGUUCAGUGUUAGUCAAUCGGGUGAUGAUUGUGUCAGAAAUGAAUUUGGGGUUUAUGAUUCAGAAACUGGAAUUUUGGGUGAUGGUGAGGUUAGGCUUAGUGAUUUUGAAGCUGCCAAUGAGAAAUAUGUUGAGAGCGAAGCUGCUACUGAAUUAACUGGUGGAACCGUAUCUCACUAUGAAACAGAGAAUCUCGAAGAAUUCGUUGAUGGAAGGCACGGUGAGAACGAAUCGGGUGUUGAAGAACCUAUUGAGGAUUCGAGCAAGUUGUGUUCUGAUUUAGGGGGAAAUGAAUUGGUUUCUCGAGAUUCUGGGGUUGUGAAUGGUGAAAAAGAAGUUGUUUCUGAUAGUGUAGUUGCUUCUAGUGAAGUAAUUGAGGGAAGUGGAGGAGAUACUGUGGAAGUUGGAGGCGUGAGUUCUGGUGGUGAGGGUAAAAGUAGAGAGACUGUGUGGUGGAAGAUGCCAUUUGUGCUUCUUAAGUACUCUGUGUUUAGGAUUGGUCCGGUUUGGUCUGUCUCUAUGGCUGCUGCUGUGAUGGGUUUGGUUCUCUUGGGACGUAGAUUGUAUAAUAUGAAGAAGAAAGCUCAAAGGUUCCAUCUUAAAGUUACGAUUGACGAUAAGAAGGCGUCGCGGGUGAUGAGUCAGGCUGCUCGACUCAAUGAAGUGUUCACAGAGGUAAGAAGGGUCCCUGUGAUCCGCCCUGCUCUACCAUCGCCUGGCGCAUGGCCGGUUUUGAGCCUUAGAUGAGAAGCCGUUUUCUACAAUACCUAGACACAGUGGAGAAUCAAUCAUACAAUGUCCAUCACUUUAUGUACCGUAAGAAUACAAAUACAUGUGUUUAUGUCGUACCUAUGCAUAAGUAGUAGUUUACCAUCUUAUGAAAUCGCGUAUGUGAGUCGUGUCCCAACCGUGGGAUACACUGCAGAGUGAUUACCGUAGCGAUUUAUGUAUGUUCAGAGACUGAAAAUCCCAGUUGGUAAGCCUUUUUCUAUGUUUGAUCUUAAGAAUUUCAUAAGCUAUAUGUGGGUUUUGUUAUGGAUUUCAUUGGGGUUUCAAGCUUGUAAACUAUUAUAGAGAGGAGGACAUAGUCCAAAGUCGAUAAAACCACUACAAUGGAAAUAAAGACCCUACAAAUUUCUACUAUGUUGUCGAUUCUACAAAAUUUGAGUAGAAGCUAUCGUC